AUUCCCAGCCAAAAGUGCGAAUUAAUAAGCCAUCGGAGCAGCUUCAGCCACACGCUCCAACUCUAGAUGUGUGCCCUAGCACUGGCAUGCCGUGCCGAUGCCGACAGUUGCCCAGAGUCGGUUCUCGUGUGCAAACGGUUUUCUUCACAUAGUCCCGUCUGGUUCCGAACGUCUCCGGCACGCGGUAACGGCUUUCGUGUUCGCAAACGUCGGCGAGGCAUGUGAUAAAAGAAAAACCUUUUGGGCUAGCAUAACAUUUUAGUACAUUUAACCAACGCGAGCUACUACUACUGAGAACGAUAUUUUAUCUCGAAAAAUGGGCGAUCCGGCGAAGGAAAUUGAGACAGCAGCAGCCACACCCAUUCUGCAGGACUUCAAGGCUCCCGUGUUUGCGGACAACAAGCUCGUGCUCUACUUCCAUCCCUACAACUUCUAUUCACAAAAAGUUCUUCUGGUUCUGUACGAGAAAAACAUUGACUUCACUCCCUAUGUGGUGGACUUGUGCAACGGCGAGCAGUAUUCCAGUUGGUUCCUAAACCUCAAUCCCAAGGGCGAUGUGCCAGUGCUCCAGGAUGGAGCCUUCAUCAUACCCAACUCGACGCACAUCAUCAACUAUGUGGAGAGCAAGUUCCGAGGAGCAAAUCAUCCGGGGCUGAAGCCCGAGCAGAGUUCCGCACAGUACGACCAGGUAAUGCUCUAUGAGAAUGCCGUGGGACGUGUGCCAGUGGGAGCUCUGAGUCUUGGCUCCUUCAUUCACGACGAUCUGAAGCUAGUGCCCAAGGCGCCCUUCAUUGGGCCAGUGCGCCAAUCCUGCCUGAAGAAUAAUGACAAGGUCCUAGCCCUGCUCCGCCGCUCCGUGGAUGAGCUGGAGUCCAACAAGUCGGCGCUGAAGCAAAAGCUGGACAUUCAGAUCCGUCGCAAGGAUCUGGUCUCCUGCCGUGACGAUUUUCAGCGUGUGCUCGAUGCAGUGCGCCAUGUGCUCCUCUAUGUGGAGCAGGAGCUGUCCCAGAAGGCGCCACGCAACGAGUGGCUGACCGGGGACGAGGUAACUCUGGCAGACAUCAGCUUCGGACUGCUCCUGCAUCGCCUGUACCAGCUGGGAUUCGAGAACUACUACUGGUCCUUCGGUAAGCUUCCCCUGGUGGAGGGAUACUUUCUGCGCUUCAAGCAGCGCCAGUCCUACCACAAGCUGCAGCCCAGCAAUUUCGAGAUCCUCAAGGAGAUGUGGGCGAAGACGCCGGGCAACUACAAGCUGGGCGCUGGAGCCGGCUUCCUGGGUAUGGCCAUGUUCGCAGCCUUUGCUCACAAGUGAAGGGUCUGUUAAGUCUGUUAAGUUUGUUAACAAAUCCUUUUACUGUUAAAGUUGGUCACAUAUAAACGCACGAACAUAAGAACGCUUAACGCUUAAAGCUACUACGUGGGCAACCAGAUGGCUGUUGCUGAUGCUGAUGCAGAUGCAGGGGUAUGGGAGGAUGAAGAAAAGAGAAGAUGGAUGAACCAUGUGCCAGCCAGUGUCUAGCUGCUAAAAUAUCAUAAUUUACAUCAAUAAUUAACUUUGAAUAUAAAAAACAUU